CUGCGCUUCACAAGGCCUUCCAAGCUUCCGGUCCUCCUCAAGCAGACUUUACCGGGUCACUCUACCCCUCAACUCGUCUCUCAUGGUUCCAACAAAGUAGAGCUCAGUCGGAACCUAAAGACGCGCUAAAGUUUUUAAUUGAAUAAGUGCGACCUCAAGAGUACAGAAAUAAAACAUUGAAUGCUCGAGUGCCUGAGGCAGUCUCUAUUUGCCGUUCACCAAAGUAUAUCUAUGGUUGUCAUCGCUCGAAUUUUGACCAAUGUCGAAGCUACUCUCCACAAGUACGGUGCCCCUCUCAGAUCUUGGCCGAGUUCUUGUUCGUGCUGGUGCUCUGGGGAGCAUAACUCUUUUGGUCUAUGACUACUUCUGUACACUCUACCAAGAGAUCGAGCUUGUAUGGAGAAGUCCUUUUAGCUUGGCUUCAAUGAUGUUUUUCCAUUUCUGCCGAAGUACUCUGCACUCAUGCUUAUUUCAAGCUCAAGCAAUCUCUUGGCUCAUGUUUAUCGGAAUCGUUAUCUCUGAACUGAUUCUGACGCUGCGCACUUACGCUGUUUUCCUUGUUCCGGCAAUCGUAUUCACUGAGCUAGCAGUAAGCUCACUGCGAUUCAUAUCCCACGGAGGAUGUCGCAUGACUUCCGCGAGCAACAUCAUCUUCCUUGCCUUCUGUCUCCUGACAAUAUAUGAAUCAAUACUCGCAAUACUCAUCGCUAUCCAAGCGUGCAAACACUUAAGGCAAACGCGAUCCCCUUGGGUCACCAAGCUCUACAAAGAUGGGAUCAUGUUUUAUGUCUAUCUUCUCGUACUAUCAUGCGCGAAUAUCGUCUCAUGUCUGUUAGCGCCGGUGAGCGAUACACCAGUUCAAUGCUUGUUCUAUCAAUAUUCCUCACGACCAUGCGUACACCUACCGUUCAGGCAUUAGGGCCGUGGCUCCAAGCGUAAGUUCAAGUUUAUGAGAUCAACUUCCAAAAUCAUCAUCACUCCGUAUAGACCCCAACGCGUUGUACAUUCCGUACUUUGCACUCGUGUUCUCUUCUUGAUAUUCCAGAGAAACUUUCCCUCAACCCGGGCUACAAUGGUCAGCGAAGAACAGGAGCUCCCGGUGGUCACCUUAACUGAAAUAUUGGAGCUGGAGGAUAUGUAAAGUAUGUAUCGUUCAAGUUGAGUGUAGCCUAACCGUCGCUAUAAUAUCAUU